AUGACAAUUGUAAACAAUCAUACCGAUCAAACUGCCAGUUCAUUGCUUAAGAGCGAUCCCAAACUUUCGUCUGGCGAAGUAAAAGUCGAUACGAAUAAAUAUGGAAAAUUAGCAACCGAAGAAACAAUAGCAAAAACCAAGGAGGCAUUAGAAACCAAAGGUCAUCAAGUUACUGUGUUGAAUACAAGUGAAGAAGCAUAUGAAUUUUUGAAAAAAUUGAUUCCUGCAAAUGCCUCGGUUAAUAACGGACAUUCCACCACAUUGGAAGAAAUUGGAUUUAUCGAAUAUUUGAAAACAGCAAAAGAAUGGGUUAACGUUCAUGCAGAAAUUUUGGCUGAAAAAGAUUUUGCAAAGCAAAGUGAAAUACGUAGACUCAAAGGUUACAACGUUGAUUAUUAUUUGUCUUCUGCUUCUGCUAUUACUGAAGAUGGUGUAAUUAUUGGGGUUGAUGCAAGCGGUAGCCGUGUUGCAGCAUGGGUAGAUACAGCCAAAACUCUUGUGAUUGUAAGUGGUACAAAUAAAAUCGUAAAAGAUGCUAAUGAAGCAGAAGAACGUGUAACAAAAUACUCUUUUGAACUUGAAUCAGCACGUGCGAGAUUAGCUUAUGGAGUUCCUGGCAGUCAAAUUUCUAAUUAUGUCUCGAUUAGGUCUGCAAAUCCUUUCAGUCCAACAAAACGUGUCCAUGUUGUCUUAAUUAAAGAAGUCUUGGGAUACUAA